CGCCGCAGGAGGGGUUUGAGGUGAGCGGGGUUGCGUGGCUGCCGGUGCGAGUUGUCACCAACCGUCGCUCCCGCGCGCCGGGCUCUGAGAGUCCAGUGUGAAAUUGCUGCAAGAGCAGGGAUGAUUAUCCAAAGAGUAGUGCUGAAUUCACGCCCUGGUAAGAAUGGAGUGCCAGUGGCUGAAAACUUCAGACUGGAGCAAAGUACAAUACCAGACACAGUGCAAGAGGGACAAGUACGUGUUAGAACCCUGUAUCUCUCUGUGGAUCCAUACAUGCGCUGCCGGAUGAAUGAGGAUACGGGUUCAGAUUACCUCCUGCCUUGGCAGCUAUCUGAAGUUGCCGAUGGUGGGGGCAUUGGGGUUGUGGAGGAAAGCAAGCAUAACAACUUCGCUAAAGGAGACUUUGUCACUUCCUUCAAUUGGCCCUGGCAGACAGUGGCCAUUCUGGAUGGAAGCUUGCUACAAAAGGUUGUUCCACAACUUGUGAAUGGACACCUUUCCUACUUUCUUGGUGCAGCUGGAUUGACAGGACUGACAGCCUUGCUAGGUAUAAGAGAGAAAGGCCAUGUGACUGUGGGUGCCAAUCAGACCAUGGUGGUGAGUGGAGCAGCUGGUGCCUGCGGUUCUUUGGCUGGCCAGAUUGCCCAUCUGGACGGAUGCUCUAGAGUUGUGGGUAUUGCUGGCACAGAUGAAAAGUGCUCCAUUUUGGUUUCAGAAAUGGGGUUUGAUGCUGCUAUCAAUUACAAGAAAGGGAAUGUGGCACAGCAGCUCCGUGAACUCUGCCCAGGUGGUGUGGAUGUUUACUUUGACAAUGUUGGUGGAGACAUCAGUGAUACAGUUAUAAGCCAGAUGAAUCAGAACAGCCAUAUCAUCCUGUGUGGACAAAUUUCUCAGUAUAACAAAGAUGUGCCUUAUCCUCCUCCAUUGCCUCCUGACACAGAAAAAAUACAGAAAGAAAGAAACAUCACAAGAGAAAGAUUCUUGGUGUUGAACUAUAUGGACAAACAAGAAGCUAGUGUACUACAACUCUGUCAGUGGAUCCAAGAAGGUAAACUGAAGGUCAGAGAGACAGUGGUAGAAGGCUUAGCGAAUAUUGGUGCUGCUUUCCAGUCCAUGAUGAAUGGAGGCAAUAUUGGAAAACAGAUCGUCCUAGUUUCUAAGUAAAAGUCAUUGCUUGGGAAAAAGUAAUUGAUUCUAUCCAUAGUAAUAAGCAAGUUUUACUUAUACUAAUUACCACCUUAAAUAAACAGUUGUUCUUUAUAUACUAAGAGCAGAUAUUUUAGGAUGCUAAGACAAAAACCAUGCUAAUAAAUUGAACAGAAUUGGAAAUAGGAAUGCAAUAGUUUAAACUAAAAAUGGUUAUAUGACAUGAUUUGAGAGCUGUCAAUUAGCACAUUUGCAAAUAAUUCAUGGGUAUGGUUUGGAAGUUAGAUCACCUCAGGAAAUAUCUCCAAUAAGUAAUUUGUAUACAACCACCUGGUUUUAGAUGUUGGAAGAAUUUACUUGUGUACAUGCGUGUUGUUCUUAUGCUAAUUUGUCUCACUGCCCAAGAACUUGAUAAUUUUUCAUUUACUAGUAUAAGCUUAGCUUGUCAGUCCAAUCGAUCUGGCUAUCAUCUUAAAUUUUAAGUGUUCUCACUUCUUUUUUCCAGAUAAGAGCAAUCAGAAAUUCCAUUUCUACAACUCAAGUUCUAUAAUAUCAAAGAUAUUUCUAUUUGGCACAUGGAACAAGUUUCCACUGAUUGCAUUUCUCAUUUCUCUGUACUGUAUCAUUAUAUAGCCUAUUUUCAGAGUACCUUAAACCUAGUUCAUUUAGAAUUCCAUCUGCAUGCUGCCUGAGACUUUCAUCAGAGGAAGGUCCAGCUAUAAGGGCUAGCUUGUUUUGGUAUAACAAUGCUCUUUUACCAAUUUAGAAGCUUGAAAAGUGAGCCACCGUUUCCAAGUCUGACUAACAUAACUUCAAACCAAGUGAGACUGAUGCAAUUUAAACAUGUCUUCAAAAUAAAGCCAUUAGAAUUCCACCAUUAUGUACAUUUAGAAACAUUGACACAUUGAUUUAGUGAUUAGGAUAAUUUAUGUGUAACUUAUAAGCUAUUGGUUUUGUUUUAAAUAUUUGCCUUUAAAAGGAGUGCUUCCAAGCAGUAGGGUAGGCUGAGAAUGGAUCUUCUAGAUCUUGAGUCACUACCUAUACUCAAACUAAAUGGAAGCCAAGAAUUAGGAGGGAAGCUGUUCUAGAAAUUGGCAUUUAAAUCUUUUUGGACACUGUAGAAAGAACAGUUACCAGAACUACCUCAUAUCAUUGCUAGCAAUGUGAAAAACAGUCCCUGGAUUUGCUAGUGCUGAAGCUGACCCUGAAAGAAAGCAUACAGUGACUAAUGCUUUAGGCUUUGAAGAGAAAGACACCUGCAUAAUAGGAUUACAUUCACUUCCAGCUAGAUUCUUAAUCCAGUAUCACACUAAUUCGAGCACUAGCAACAACAUCAUGCUGGGACAGAAGCCAAAAGUGUUGUGGAAUAAAACCAGCAUCAUUGUAGUUGGCAAAUGAAGAUAACAAGCAUCAGAUGAAAGAAAUUCUGUGAAUUCCUGCUUAUUGACUGUUCAUAGAUGACACUCAUUCCUAAAAUUUGGGCAUUUCAAGCUUAAAGACUUGAUAAUUUGUAUACAGAUGAGAGAGAGAGGAGGGACUAAGGGGAAUACAGCCUUUUCAAACAGAACCAGAUGUUCUAUUGAGUGUUCUGGUACAUCAGAUCAUGUGGCUUAAUUGUCACCUUUCCUUUUCUUCUCUCCCACGUACACGCACUGUAGAUUGAAACAGCAUCAGCCUGGAGGCUGUUGUGCAAUGCAUGCCCUUUUCUUCAGCAGGCUGGCCUUAAUGCACUGUAGCAAUCUUUCUGAAUAGACUUUCUCCUCCUAAAGUCCAGUUCAUUCCUAAAGUUCAUCUCCAAAUAUAAAAAACAAAACAGCCCACUUCACACAAAUUUAAACAUCCUCUUGCUUACAUUUCCCUAUAUUUGGCUUCCUCUAAUCUACAAUUUUAUCUCAGUUUUAUCUCAUGAUCUAAAAAAUGAAGACGUUUUGUUUUAAUUCAAAGCAUUCUAGUUACUUACAUUACUUACAUCUAUUUCGGAAGAGAUUUCAUCCACGACCUGUGGUCAGUUUGUACUGCAAGAACGUAAGGAAGGUAGCAUAACAGUAACCACUGCUGAAAAGGUGUUAAAAUGUUUUCACACAUUAUGGGUGAAGGCAACUUACUUAUACUUCCAGAGUUGCAUUUGCUUGUCCAAAGUACAGAUGUUGGACUUCUGAACAUCAUUUGCUAGAGAGCUAUUCCAGAGUGAGCUCAUAUGAGUGAGGACCAUGAGCUGACACACCUUCCAAGAAAGACAGCCUCUAGGAUCUGAAUUUUCAUAACUGAAAAUAUGAUUAAAUUUUAAAAUUCCCAGCACUAUGAUUUUUACAGCAAUUGCUUAGUAAUCCAUGCACACUGAAAGCCCAUUGUAGUCUGAUGAUGUGCAGUCUGAUGAUGUGAAGCAUGACCUAGAGUGAGGUCAUGCUGAGAUAUUAAUUCUUUACUAUAAUAAAAGCUGCUUGAUUGCUGCAGCAUUCCAGUAGAUUAGGUAACUCACAAGGAGGAAUAUUCUGUCAGCGUAAGUCAGAUGACUACAGGAAAAAAAAAAA